CUGCGCGUCUCCUCCCUCCUUCCCAGCCAGUGGCCCAAAUCCCGCGAUACUUCCGGCUGUGGCUGCCCGGCGUGGGGCUCGGAGCUACUAGUGAGGGCUGGAGUGCCUUCUCAUGGAUCUAAACAGUGCCAGCGGUGUGGUGCUACAAGUGUUGAUGCAGGCAAGCAGCCAAGAUUCCGCUGUUUUGAAACCAGCUGAGGAGCAGCUCAAACAGUGGGAGACGCAGCCUGGAUUUUAUACUGUGCUAUUGAAUAUUUUCACAAAUCAUUCCCUGGAUGUAAACGUCAGAUGGCUCGCAGUCUUGUAUUUUAAAAAUGGAAUUGACCGCUACUGGAGACGGGUAGCACCCCAUGCACUGUCAGAGGAGGAGAAGGCAACUUUGCGUGCAGGACUCAUCACCAACUUCAAUGAGCCAGUAAAUCAGAUUGCUACUCAGAUUGCAGUUUUGAUUGCAAAGGUUGCAAGACUGGAUUGUCCCAAGCAGUGGCCUGAACUCAUUCCAACUCUUAUCGAAUCAGUAAAGAUCCAAGAUGAUCUUCGGCAACACCGAGCACUACUUACGUUUUAUCACGUUACCAAAACCUUGUCUUCCAAAAGGCUGGCUGCAGACAGAAAGCUCUUCCAGGAUUUGGCCUCAGAAAUCUACAGUUUUACCUGCUCCCUGUGGAACCAUCACACCGACACUUUUCUGCAACAGAUCUGCUCCGGUGGGGAGACUGCAGCAAUCAAUUCCCUUGAAAGAACAUUACUAUCACUAAAAGUUCUGCGGAAACUUACUGUUCAUGGAUUUUUAGAACCCCACCAAAAUGCUGAUGUCACGGGCUUCCUGCUGGCAGUGUUUGUUAGAUUAAAACAAUUUCUAGAUUGCAGCAGAAAUAUUGGUGCUGAGAAUGUGUGCAGGGAAAGACUCGAAAAGAUUAUUAUUCUUUUUACUAAAGUGCUUCUAGACUUUCUGGAUCAGCAUCCAAUUUCGUUCAUCCCCUUAAUCCAGAGAUCACUGGAGUUUGCAGUUAGCUAUGUGUUCACAGAAGCUGGUGAUGGAAUUGUAUUUGAGCGUUUUAUUGUGCAGUGCAUGAGUCUUAUUAAGAUGAUUGUUAAAGAAGAUUCUUAUAUACCAUCCAAAAACUUUGAAGACAGCAAACCCGAAACCAUUAAUGCUCAUCAAAUCAAAUUGUCGUUCUUCACACACCAAACACUGACAGAGAUAUGCAGAAGACUGGUUACUCAUUAUUUCAUUCUAAGUGAUGAAGAGCUUGCUAUGUGGGAAGAGGAUCCUGAAGGGUUUGCUGUAGAAGAAACUGGAGGAGAUUCAUGGAAAUACAGUUUAAGGCCUUGCUCUGAAGUCCUUUUUAUUGACAUUUUCCAUGAAUACAGUGAAACACUUACACCGGUUCUCUUGAAUAUGGUUGACACGAUAAAAGGCCCUACUUGUGUAGAAGACCUAAAUACUUUACGGAUUAAGGAAACAGUGUAUAAUGCUGUUGGACUAGCUGCAUAUGAAUUAUUUGACUGUAUAGACUUUGAUGAGUGGUUUCAGAGUCAGCUGCUCGGAGAACUUCAAGUUGCCCAUGACAGGUACAAGCUGUUACGUCGCAGAGUAAUAUGGCUGAUUGGACAGUGGAUUUCAGUGAAAUUCAAGGCUGAUCUGAGACCUUUGCUUUAUGAAGCAAUUCUCAGUUUGUUGCAAGAUCCAGAUUUAGUGGUUCGCAUUGAAACGGCAACAACAUUGAAGCUUACAGUCGACGACUUUGAAUUCAGAACAGAACAGUUUUUGCCUUAUCUAGAGACCACCUUCAGUCUGCUCUUCCAGCUGCUACAGCAAGUUACCGAAUGUGACUCCAAGAUGCAGGUCCUACAUGUCCUGUCAUGUGUCAUCGAGAGGGUCAACAUGCAGAUAAGACCUUUUGUUGGCUGUCUUGUCCAAUAUUUACCUCUUCUUUGGAAGCAAAGUGAAGAACACAAUAUGCUUAGAUGUGCAAUUCUGAGCACAUUAGUCCAUCUUAUUAAGGGUUUAGGUGGUAGCAGUGAGAAUUUAUAUCCAUUCCUGCUUCCUGUAAUUCAGCUAAGUACAGAUGUCUCACAGCCACCUCACGUAUACCUCUUGGAAGAUGGCCUGGAAUUAUGGUUAGUGACUUUGGAAAACUGUUCAUCAGUGACACCUGAGCUGCUUCGCAUUUUCCACAAUAUGGCUGCUUUGCUUGAGCUUAGCUCAGAAAAUCUCCUCAUCUGUUUCAAGAUCAUCAAUGCCUACAUUUUUUCUUCUUCUUCAGAAUUUCUGCAGAUAUAUGCGGCUAAUCUCUGCCAGGCUUUUCUGGAGCUUCUUAGGGACAUAACUAAUGAAGGUCAAGUUCAAGUUCUUAAGGUAGUCGAAAAUGUCCUGAAGGUCAAUCCUGCUGUUGGUCCACAGAUGUUUCAAGCUCUUCUUCCUCCAGUCUUCAGGGGCAUUAUUGAAGGAGAGAAGUAUCCAGUGGUGAUGUCCACGUACCUUGGUAUCCUGGGACGCGUAUUGUUACAGAAUCAGUGUUGCUUUUCUUCCCUCCUGUAUCAGUUAUCACAAGAAUAUAAUUGUGAGCCUGACCAAAUUCUUGGAAACCUAAUUGAAAUGUGGGUGGAUCGAAUGGAUAACAUAACUCAGCCUGAAAGAAGAAAGCUUUCUGCACUAGCUUUACUGUCCUUGCUGCCUUCAGCUAACAGUAUUAUUCAAGAUAAGUUCUGUGGAAUCAUUAAUGUCUGUGUGGAAAGCCUCCACGAUGUCAUGACCGAAGACCCAGAAACGAGUACCUAUAAAGACUGUAUGCUGAUGUCACACUUAGAAGAUCCCCAAGUGAUUGAGGAUGAAGAACCACCAACUGAACAAGAUAAGCGGAAAAAAAUGUUGGCUCUGAAAGACCCAGUACACGCGGUAUCACUGCAGCAGUUUGUUUAUGAGAAGCUGAAGGCACAGCAGGAACUACUGGGGGAAGAAGGAUUUCGCUCUCUCAUGGAAACUGUGGACACUGAAAUCGUUACCCAACUGCAGGAGUUCCUGAAGGGCUUCUAACGGGAAUAUCCGGCACGUUGGCCUCUGAUUCUGGAUUCAAGGAAAUCAAAUGUGCGCUCUUUAAUAAAAACACAAUUUUUCCAA